AUGACUCAGUCGUGUCAGAGGUGUUGUUGUCAACAUAUUUUGUCUUUUACUACUCAUACCUGUUGCAAACUAGAGUUCGAGUGUUGCGAUUGUAAAAGCAAGAAUUUAAUAACACAGUAGUUGCGCUUGAAAUGUGUAAAUAGUGUUUUAAAAAAGCUUUGCUCACUGAAAAACGAGUUACUAGGUUAGUCUCCUAAAAGAAUGGAUGCAGCGUCUCUGCCCCAGUCUUCAGUGCCUCGAACUCACGUCUCCUCGAUUGAAUGGACCAGAACAUCGACGAUGAUGUUUAUCGACGCCUUGAAACAACAUCCGUGUUUGUGGCAAAUUAAAAGCGCUCAAUACAAAGACAGGGGAUUGCGUUUUGCUGCUCUUAAGAAUAUUGUUGCCAUUAUGCGACAAUCCAUUUACGACAUUGAAGUUGAUGAUGUUCGCAAAAAAAUCAACACUCUGCGCACACAAUUUCGCCGCGAAUAUAAAAAUGUUAUUGAUAUGCGCAAUGCUAACGAUGGAUCAGAAGAUGCAUAUAUUCCGAAAUUGUGGUGUUAUGAUAACCUUCUAUUUCUUGUCGAAGGAGAAGUCUCACGGCAUUCUACUGCAAAUCUGGAUGACUGUAAUUUCUUAGAAGACGCCGUAUCCGACGAGAUCGUCAUGAUCAUGGACGAAGCUAGGAUGAAGACGUCACCCCCGCCACCGCCAGCCUCGCACUGCUCCGGGUCACCGAGUCCAACCCAGGAAGGUCCAAAGCGGAAACUCAAGACGUCAGACCAGCAGGACGCGAUAAUUAGGUUUGCGUUUGAGAAAUUGACACGGAUGGAAGCUCAAGAGGAGGAGUUCUCGCCGCACGGAAAGAUUGUCACGAAAGAGCUACAAAAAAUGGAUAAAGAAACACAGAGAAUUGCUUGGAAGUUAAUCAAUGAUGUUUUGUUCUUGGGUGGUAUGGGGGUUUUGAGGCCCACGGCUUCUGUUAAAAACGGAGACUAGAUCUUUUAUCUACAAGUUAUUUCAAUGGAUAGUGUAUAUUUAAUAAUUAAUUAAUAAUUUUCAGAAUAGUUUAACUAGUGUGUAUUAUGUAUUCGAGUAAAACUUUGAGUUUGUUGA